CUUCAACAACAACAACAACAACAGCAGCAAGUCAUCCACCUCGGUAGCUUGCUAGCUAACAGCCGAAACACUAACAUUCUUUAGCCACUGUCGGUGUAUAUUAGCCAAUGUGUUUUAAACACAAGUCUGUCGUAUAGCUGGUUGCUGCAUUUAAUUUCAUUUUACGUUGCUAGUAGUCAGCUAGCUGACUGGUUAAAUCAGAAGUAGCACUCGGCUAAUCAUUAAUGCUAACCAGCUAACUAACAUCCCCGACCAUGAGUUCACUAAGCUACUCUCCUCCUGCUAAAGAAGAGGAGGUCUGUUGGACGGAGAAAGAAGCUCCCGUGAAAGAGGAGAAGGAAGAAGAGGAUGUCACAGUAAAACAAGAAGUAGAGGGUGAGGCUGUUACAGUGAAAGAAGAAGAGAAAGACGUUACAGUGAAAGAAGAAGAAUCGUUCAGAGUGAAGGAGGAGAAAGAGCAGGAUGCAGUAUUUGGAGUGAAAGAGGAGGAGGGGGAGAUUACUGUCACAUUGGAUGAGGGAGAAUUAGAGAAGACUGGAAAUCUGAUUACCACCGGAGAGAGACCAGACUCUCACUCUGACAGCAGCAAGACUCCUUCAGGCGAACCAGAGCCAGAGCUGUCCAAACCAGCGAGACAACACCACUGCUCUCAGUGUGGAAAGAAAUAUACCAGGUUAUGGAACCUGAAAAGGCAUGAGAGAACACACACAGGAGAAAAUCCUUUCCAAUGCUGCCAGUGUGGAAUGUGUUUUACCCAGUUAGGGUACCUUAAAGACCAUAAGAGAACACACACUGGAGAGAAGCCUUACCACUGCUCUCAGUGUGGGAAGAGUUGCUCCCAGUUAGGGAAUUUGAGAACGCAUGAGAGAAUACACAUAGGAGAGAAGCUUAACCAAUGCACUAAAUGUAGAAAGAGAUUUUCCUCUUCCGAAUACUUGAGAAUACACUCAGGCGAGACACCUUAUAACUGUUCUCAGUGUGCAAAGAGUUUUACCCGAUUAGGGUCCCUGAAACGACAUGAGAGAACACACACAGGGAAAAAGUAUUUCCUCUGCUCCCUGUGUGGAAAGUGUUUUACUGAGUUAGGCAACCUGAAAAAACAUGAGAGGACACACUCAGGAGAAAAGUCUAGUUUUUCCUCAUUGGAUUAUCUGAAAAAACAUAAAAUAAUUCACUCUGGAGUACCACCUUACCAGUGCUCAGACUGUGGGAAGAGAUUUAGCCGAUUAAACCACCUGAGACGGCAUGAGAGAACACACUCAGGAGAGAAGCCCUACCAAUGCUCCCAGUGUGGAAAGCGUUUUACCCAAGCUGCACACUUAAAAUAUCAUAAAAGAACACACACAGGAGAAAAACCUUACCUUUGCUCCCAGUGUGGAAAGAAUUUCACCAUGUCAUGUAACCUGAAAAAACAUGAGAGAAUACACUCAGGAGACAAGCCCUAUCAAUGCGCCCAGUGUGGAAAAAUGUUUACCCAGCUAGGGGACAUGAAAAAACAUAAGAGAAUACACACAGGAGAAAAACCCUACCACUGCUCCCACUGUGGGAAAAGAUUUACCUCAUCAGGGGACUUGAAAAAGCAUAAGAGGACACACACAGGAGAAAAACCUUAUCAUUGCUCCCAGUGUGGAAAGAGUUUCUCAGAGUCAAGUAACAUGAAACAACACGAGAGAAAACACUCAGGAGAGAAGCCCUACCACUGUUCCCACUGUGAAAAGAGUUUUACCUCAUCAGGGACCCUGAAAUAUCAUGAGCUAACACACUCUGUAAUGAAGCGUUUCCAGGGUUCCCAUUGUGAAAGGAGUUUUAAGAAGUUAGGGAAACUGAAGCAGCAUGAGAAAAUACACACUAGGGAGAAGCCUUUUGGAACUGUUCCCACUGUGGAAUGAUAUGUGCCUGGUUAAGGCAACUGAAAUUACAUGAAAGAAGCCACACUGGAGAGAAACCUUACCAAUGCUUUCAGUGUGGAAAGAUAUUUACCCAGUUAGGGAAAGACCAUGAGGUAACACACAAGGGAGAUUUCUUACCACUGCUCAUAAUGUGGAAACAAAUUCUUCACAUCACAUGGACUCAAAGUGCAUCAGGGAGCACACAUACGGCUCCCACACUCUGCUCACAACAUUGACAUAGAUACAAUGGCACUGCCUGUACACUGACAGACUCCAUAAUGAGACUGAUACAAUGUUGCGAUCUCUAUGCGACAACGAGACAGAGAAUGAGGAAGUGGAUAGAAUCUCCUUAUGAUUAUCAGUAAAAUGAACAAACUUCAAAAAUAUUGAUGACUAAAGACCACCAAGCUUUAGAGUAGUUAGAAGGGAGACAUUUUGGUUCUUAGAAGGUCUCUCUGCUUCUGAGAGGAGCUGGCUACAGUACCGGGAGACAUCUUGGGUCUUAGAAGGUCUCUCUGCUUCUGAGAGGAGCUGGCUACAGUACCGGGAGACAUUUUGGGUCUUAGAAGGUCUCUCUGCUUCUGAGAGGAGCUGGCUACAGUACCGGGAGACAUUUGGGGUCUUAGAAGGUCUCUCUGCUUCUGAGAGGAGCUGGCUACAGUACCGGGAGACAUUUUGGGUCUUAGAAGGUUUCUCUGCUUCUGAGAGGAGCUGGCUACAGUACCGGGAGACAUUUUGGGUCUUAGAAGGUCUCUCUGCUUCUUAGAGGAGCUGGCUACAGUACCGGGAGACAUUUUGGGUCUUAGAAGGUCUCUCUGCUUCUGAGAGGAGCUGGCUACAGUACCGGGAGACAUUUUUUAUAUUUUUGGCAGAGACAUAAAAAUGCUUAUCAUGAGUUUGUGUGACUCUAGGUAAGUAGAAAAAUAACAAAUCUCAAUCUCGCAGUAUCCCUUUUUAAGCCAUGUCAGUGUCUGGAAUAAUAUUCACCAUUCUUUCUGCCAUGAGUCAUUUAUAACCAGUGGUGUACAGUACUUAAGUAAAAAUACUUGAAGUACUACUUAAGUUGUAUUUGGGAGG